UUCCUUUUACUUCCAAACCUUUGCCCACCACACCAAUCACAAAUCACCAAUCAAAAAUCACUAUUUCUCCUUUCUUUUUUCCCUUCUUCUCUUCUCCAUUUUGCUCUUUUGAACCUCUCUCCCUUUCCAAAGAGGGGAGGGAUCACUUCCAUUUUUGUACUCUUUUCUUCUUUUCUUCUCUUGCUCGGUUGUUGUUCCAUCAUGGGUGCUUGUGCUACCAAGCCUAAGGUCAAGGAAGAUGAACCCUACAUCCCCGCACCCGAACCUGAACCCGAACCCACCCUCGAGAUCAUGAUGAAGAGCACCGAGGAAGUUAAGGUUGUUCAAGAGGACAAGAAGGUCGAUGGAACCAAUCAAAAGAUCAAGAAGGAAGACACCAAGAAAAUUGUUGUCGAGGAGGAGAAGGCCCACUCUCUUUCCUCGUUGCUUGUUGAGAAGAAAGAAGCUCCCGCGGUAGAAGUUCCAAGUGCAACAAAGGAGGAGAAACUGAAGCCAAAGGUGGAAGAAGCGAAAGCGGAGCCACCGAAGGUUGCGGCGGUGCCCGCCCCGGAACAAAUAAAGAAAUGUGACGACAAAGCAACGGGAAAGGAUGAGAAAAGCGUAUGAAAUAUAUAUGAGGGAGAAAAAAUGAAAGCAUAUGUGAGCACAAGUUACACUAAUUGUGCACUAUAAUUUGGCUUGUGAGAAGCCUAAUUCAUUAUUUAAUAUGCUUACUUUAAAGAUUGGUGAUAUUUCUUUGGUGUGGGGGUCUCUGUUGUCUUUGGUACCAAUUUAUCCAUUGAAUAUUUUAAUUUUAAGUGGUUUAAUUUGUUAUCUAUAUAUGAAAUAUUUAACCUUUUUCUAUUUGCUU